AGACUGUACUUCUGACGAAUUACUCGCAAGAUUCACCAAAGUACAGUACACAUAAAAAGAGCCGGGAAAUUCAAACAACAUGCCGCGCAACUACUCAGACUCGGAGUCGGAUUCAGGAAGCUCAGUUGGGAGCAUCGUCGAGGAGAGGAGCGAGGCUGAUGAGACAACCUUCAAAUGCUUGUUCUGCAACAAGCAGUUUGCACGCAUCUCAGAGAUGUCUUCGCACUGCACAUCAGAGCACGGCUUCGAUCUGAACGCAACAGUCAAGAGUCUCGGUUCAAAGGCUGAUGAAAUCGACAUCAUUAAGCUCGUAAACUGCCUUCGAUCAGAAGCACAGAAGGGCACAGACCCCAAGAACAUGAAAAUCACACUAGAAGAUUUGAGCGACAAGUACCUUCAACCAGUGCUCGAAGACGAUGCACUACUCUUCGAGCUCGGAGAUCUCAUGCAAGACAUCGAGACCAAGGCCGUCGACUAUGAAGAAUUCGAGGCCAAGCUCCAGAAAGAUAUGCCAGAGGACUUCUCACGGCUGCAAGUCACUAGCGACCGGGACGAGGACUACUUUGAGAGCUACAAAGGCAACAGCAUCCACCGCGAGAUGAUCGAGGACCGCGUCCGCACAGAAGGCUACCGGGACUUCAUCGAGAAGAACCUGUCCGUCUUCAAAGACAAGGUCGUCCUUGAUGUUGGCUGCGGCACAGGUAUCUUGUCGCUGUUCUGCGCCCGUGCCGGUGCAAAGAAAGUCUUCGCAGUCGACAACUCACAGAUCGCUGUUCGCGCGAAGGAGAAUGUCGAAAAGAACGGCUACGCAGAUCGCAUUCAGGUCAUCCAGGGCCGUAUCGAGGACUUCAACACGCAGCGCCAGAUUGGCAAGGACAAAGUUGACAUCAUCAUCUCCGAGUGGAUGGGCUAUGGACUGCUGUUCGAGGGCAUGCUGGACUCUGUUCUCCGCGCGCGUGACAUGUACUUGAAAGACGACGGCCUCCUGGUGCCCAGUCACUGCAACAUUCGCCUCGCGCCGAUCGCAGACAAGGAGUGGAUUGCGGACGCCACAGGCGCCAAGUUCUGGAAAGACGUGUACGGCUUUGAUUUCUCCUCCAUGAUUCCCGGCGGCCUGCUCAACCACCGCGAAAUCGGCGUCUUCGACGUGCCUCCCACCGCGCUCUGCGGGUCUGCCAACGCGCACCUCCUCGAGAUGAAGACCGCGUCCAUCGGCGACCUGAGCUUCAAGAUCCCACUGCACAUGACGCUCGACCGGGAUGUUGAGUCCCUACAAGCCAUCGCUAUAUGGUUCGAUACCAUCUUCGUGCACCCCGGCAGCGAGCAGGACAUCAAGACUAUCGACGACGUGGACUGGCAGAACAACGGCAUUCCGGGCUUGGGCUUCUCAACUGGGCCGGCGAACACACCCACGCACUGGCAUCAAGCUGUGCUGUUGCUAGACGAUGAGGUCGCGGCGAAGCAGAAGUUCAAGAAGGGCGAGGUGCUGGAGGGGACGCUGCAGUAUGCUAAGGAGAAGGGCGAUGAUCGGGGCAUCACGGUGACGGUGGAAUGGAAGGGCAAGAGUGAGAGCGAAGAGGUUGAGGGCAAGGUCAGGAGAUCGAUGGCUUAGACGACUUUCUGAUUACGAGGUGAUGAUUGUAAGGAGUCGAAAAGUUAUGUGCGGCGUCGAUGGGUCGAGACUCGGGAACACUAGCCAUGGUGAUACAAUUGAAACGUGUAGCGAGCACGAGUUGAUCAGAAGCAAUUGAAGCAUCGUACUCAUCAGUUGUCAAUGUUGAGUAUCCGCCAACGCGACGCAAAUAGCAGGAGUCGCUCGUAGGCCAGCGGUUCUUGACCGGAUCGCUAUGUAGGGCU